AUGGCAGAAGGUCUUGCUGCUAUUGCUCUUGCCGGGAACAUUAUCCAAUUCAUCUCGUUCAGCUUCGUUCUUGUGUCGAAAACCAAGGAACUGCAUCAGUCUGUGUCGGGCACAUUGAACGAGAAUGUCGACCUCGAGAUCAUCUCCCAGGACAUUAGGACCUUGAGUAAACUUUCCGAUACCAAUAACAACCAAGUCAGGCUCAUGGACUUGUUGGAGACCUGGAAGAAGAAAAACAUCCAGGCAGGUUACGAGAUUACUGCACAGAUCCAGGAAUUGGAUGUUCAGCUCCAAGCUACUCAGCGAAGCAUCUCGGAUCACUGCAGCGAUGCCAUCUCAAAGGCUUUUCACGAUCACUUCUCUCAACUAUCGUCGAGAGUUCAUCAGUUGUCUCGAAGUCACAUGAUCAUCGCCAGUCUCCGCUACGAUUGCAUGGAAAUCCGACAGAGCGCUAUCAAAGAUGCCCACAUAAGAACCUUUGCAUGGAUGUACAGUGGUGAAGAUACCGAUGCUCCUACUUUACGGCCAAAUACCCGGUUCACACAAUGGUUGCAACGUGAUGACGGGAUCUAUUGGAUUACAGGGAAGCCAGCCACCAAGUUCUACUUCCAAGUAGACGGCCUUGACGAGUAUUACGGAGACAGCUGGGAUGUAAUUGAAACUAUGCGGGACCUGUCUGCCGCCCCAAACGUCAAGCUCUGCCUUUCCAGUAGACCUUGGAACUGUUUCCAAAGGUCUUUCGGACAAGAGAAUCCGUACGUUCUUCGAAUACAUGACUUCACAAGACCGGACAUUGAGUUAUUCGCACGGGAAACCCUGCUGCGAUCCUAUCGCGGUUGCGUUGACUUCGGAUCCAAGAUCUUCGACGAACUGAUAAAGGAUAUUGGGGAGCGAGCACAAGGAGUAUUUCUCUGGGUUCGCUUAGUGGUCAGAUCGCUCCGCGAUGGCAUCGUCAAUGAGGAUUCAGUCUCGCUAUUACAAAAGCGGCUCCGUGUGAUACCGUCGGAUCUGGAAGAUUUCUUCGAGCAGAUACUAGGCUCUGUUGAAGAGAUAUAUCAAAGCCGAAUGGCUGGUACAUUCCUCGCGGCCAUGCGGACCCCUCUUCAAUUAGACUUGAUACAUUACUACUUCUUGGAACAAGAGGACGAGAACUUCAACUUGGAUAUGCCUAGCAAGAGAUGGGAUGCGCCCGACAUACAGAGAUGUGCUGUCCAGACUGAGAGACGGCUUAAUGGUCGGUUCAAAGGUCUUUUGGAGGCUAGUUCUAUGGUCGACAUAAGUGCUGAUACCAAGGUGGACUUUCUCCAUCGCACUCUGAGCGACUUUCUCGCUACAAAACGCAUGAGGGAAAAGCUCGAGUCCUGGGUCUUGGGAGAGCUCAACGUGUGCACUGCUAUAAGUCGAGCUCUGAUCGCCGCGUCCAAGUUCAUCGAGGAAAAUUCGUGCCUUUCCACUUUGAAGCUAGCUGUGGAACUGGCUGGUCAAGGCGCCUUCGAAACAGACGAUACAGGACACUACUUUGAGGUCAUUGAUCAAGCAGAAGUAGAGAACGAGCGCACCAGACCGUUUCAUUCAAGCUGCGGACUGAACUGUGACAUCGUUCGAUUCGCUGCUUCAAUCGGUCAUGCGGAGUAUCUCAAAUAUCGAGUGCACAAGGACGGAGCUGAUUUGAACCUCGAUCGUAUCCUCAAACAUGUGAUAGCUCGUCCAGUCGGUCUUCACGAGGAAUACGACCUUAUGCCCUCUACUAUCGAGCGCUACGGCUCGUCCAGCCAGCUGGUGGACUGGUUUGACCCUGUUCUCUCCACGUCCGUCGUGAAUUGCGUUUUGCCGUCAUUGGUGAAGCAGUUGCUUGAGCUAGGAGCGAAUCCCAACUCUCUCAUAGAUGGUGUAUCCAGUUGGACUACUUUCGCAGACGAACUACCAAAGUUCAUAAACAGCAAGCAGGAAUUGCAAUGCUGGGCUGUACUGAAGUUAUUCGUCGAGAAUGGCGCCGACUUGAAUGCAGCGACUGAGCAAUGGGUAGGACUGCUAGAUCGCGCGAAACCCAAAUCGGAGGGGAGUCUGCGAUACACGUUGGAAUGUUUCAAACGCCUUUUCAACCUCGGAUUGGAUCCGAAUGCCGUGACACAACACUCAACUUUGACCACGGAGUUUUUUCGAUUAAUGACCCGAGACGCUUUCGAUAUGUAUCGCGGCUCGCAGGCGAUACAGCAUGAACUUAUGCACGAGUUUCUCCGUCACGGCGCUGAUGUAUCCAUGGUCUACGAGGACACUAUGCUUAGCGACAAUGGAAGCCCUCGCGGAUGGUAUCAGAAUGUGUGUCAGCAACUGGAAUUGUAUCACCAGACUAACACAACAUUGCUUCUUGUCCGAGUCUCACUAUACCGCAUGUUUCUGGAACACGGACUCGAUCCUAACGCAGUCACACCCAGUGGCAACACUCUAUGGGAGGGUCUUCUCGAGGCUAUGCAUUCUGUCGAUGAAAACAGUGUACACGAAAGUGCAUUGGAUGAAUCUCUUCAUGAUCUGUUCCUCUUUUCUUUGCAGUAUGGGGCCGACCCUUUUGUACCCACAAUCCUCCGGCUAUUGAAGCGCUUCCAAAACUUCAUGUCUGCCCACAUAUUUGGCCCUAUCGAAACAACUUUGAAAACGGAGAUCAGCCAGAGGAAAAGUCGAAAUCGAUCGCGGUCUCAUGAGAUCGGUCAUGAUGGUAGCAAUAUCAUAUCCCUCCGGUUUGAGGCAGAGGAGCUGGAACCCAACGACAAGUUCCAGUUGAACCGCAAACAACGUCGUAGCCUUGGCCACCUCAUAGUUACAACUCCAGAGACAGAGCGCCCGAUAACUCUGUUAUGCAAUGGUCUCACUGUUAUUGGAAGGGGGCGGAACACUGUCCUACAGGCAUUAAGAUCCGGACUAUUCGAACUCGUCCAAUCUGGCAAGGAAGAUGCAGGUGUUAUAGUGCUGCCAUCUUUCACAUCACAUCGGAAAGGCCAGUACAACAUACUCUCAACGUCGUUCCCACAGUAUCGGGAAGUAUCAAUUAGCGUGUUAACUGAAACAACGCAUGUUGUGUGGAAAGAAGUCUUGCAGCCUGGCCAUACAUGCGGUUUACGGUUGUCUGAGAAAGCUGGCGAAGUGUUCGCAUGUUAUGCGGAUGAGAUCGAUCGCAAUUCCGAAAGCCUCACAACAUCGCAGAAGCUGCCCGUUCAUCGUGAAGGUGGCGGCACAUACUACUUCACCGUCCACGACGACCCGGCGCCACCCAAACUUUUUGCCAGGUUGCAGAUGCCCAAAAAAGCUCAUCUCAAUGGUCCAGAUCCCUUCACCUUCGUUAUCGAGUACACGUCCGACAGCGACGAGCCCUUCGUGUUCGAUAAAUCACGCUCCCCACUUUCAGUCACCACACUAUACACCGGAGCAAACCUGCACUGCAUCGACCAACUCAUUGACUGCCGAGACAAUGAUACCGGGGAGAAGGUUGAAUGGGGUGCCGUCUUCGUCUGCUACGAUUAUGAUCCCCAUCCGGUAUUCCCGGACGAUAGUGACUUUGUCGAGAUCUCAACGAACAGACCGUGGCGAUUCGAAUGUACUUUGGAGGAAAUGGGCAAUGAGAAAGAAUACAUUCGCAGUAUGGAAGGGCUGAAGGCUGAUCGUACGUAUAAGGCUCGGGUUAAUGGGCCUGGGGGUUUCAGCCGGUGGCAGUACGGAAAGAAAGAGGACUUGCUGGCUGGCACGCUAGAAGACAAGAUGAAGAGGUGGGAGGUAGAUAUAGAGAAGUUGGGGUUCUUGGACGUGGAAAGGAUUGAGGAGGACAUAUAUUUUGAGACUGUUGCAUGA